UCUCCGCGCUGACAUGGAGCACAAAAGUAUCACGCGAUCAGACUUCACUGAAGACGACUUGGAACUCAGAUUGUAAGUGCCUGAGAGCUCACAGGUGCCAUGAAUUGGGCUUUCCUUCAGGGUCUCCUGAGCGGAGUCAAUAAAUACUCCACUGCAUUUGGUCGUGUCUGGCUGUCUGUAUUCUUCGUCUUCAGGGUCAUGAUCUUCGUUGUUUCUGCUCAGAAGGUUUGGGGCGAUGAGCAGAAUGACUUCGUAUGUAACACGGCUCAGCCUGGCUGCCGUAAUGUAUGCUACGACCACUACUUUCCUGUGUCCCACAUACGUUUGUGGGCGCUGCAGCUCAUCUUCGUCACCUGCCCGUCGUUUCUUGUGGUGCUGCAUGUGGGAUACCGUGAGGAACGCGAGAGAAAGCAUCGUAUGAAAUACGGCGAGGGCUGUCAGCGCUUGUACGCCAACACCGGAAAGAAGCGUGGUGGUCUUUGGUGGACGUAUGUUCUGUCGCUGGUUUUUAAGAUGGGUGUCGAUGGGACCUUUGUGUACCUGCUCUACCACAUCUACAAGGGCUACGACUUCCCGACCCCAGUCAAGUGUUCCGAGGAUCCUUGCCCCAACGUGGUUGACUGCUUCAUCUCUCGACCGACCGAGAAGAGGAUCUUCACCAUCUUCAUGGUGGUGAUGAGUCUGGUGUGCAUCCUGCUCUCGCUCUGCGAGAUCCUCUACCUGGUGGGAAAACGCUGCUUCGAAUACCUCCACAGGUUGAAGGUCUCACACCAGAUAAGCAAGGCAAGGUCUACCUCUAACAUGAGAAGCGUGAAUGUUAUUUUAGAAUCAAACACCAUGAACCUGGGAUGCAAAGAGCAGCCAGCGCCAGCAUGCAGUGAGGUUAUUUCAUCACAAAAAGAACAUGUGCUUGGAAAAUAAAAGUGUGAGAGAAAGAUGGAAAACGCUCAUGUUCACCAGAAUGUGAACUCCAACAGGAUUGAGUCCGUAGACAGUUGGCAGAAGAGCAAACUGCUCAUAUGCUUGCCUUAAAUCCACUGAAUCACUCAUCUUUUUCUUAGAAAGUUGUAGCAUUUGAAGCAACAUUUUUAAAAAAAAAAUAUUAUAGGGGAGGGAAAAUGCCAAUAUUUUCUAGAGUCUUUGGUAUGAUUAAAGCAUGUCAAAUCAUGAUUUGGAUGUGUUGUAGCCUGUUAGGCCAAGCUCCAGAUUCUUCACUCACCAACAUGCACUUUGGUUCCUUCAUUCAACAGCAAAAAAAACAAACAACCGAUGUUAUAAACCCAAACAAUAAAGACCAGAAAAUGACAUUAAUUACAAUUUAAUAUUUGGCAUUUUCCAACUGACACUUUAUAACAAUAAAACAUGAGAAACGUUUUUGCUUAAGCUUUCAUCCCUGCACCUCUUUUUUAAUUGUACUUUAUUUUUUCAACUUAAAAUUAAGUGAUGGCAAGAACCCUUUUUUUCCUCUUCACUGGAUGUAAGAAUUGUUGAUAUGUAUCUUUCUUCUCCAUCUGUUUACAGUCUAUCUAAUCCAAUACAACAAAUGCUGUUCAACUUAACCUGUUUUUACAUUAAAUAAACUGCCAGAUCUAUUCUUUUGUAUACCUGUUUGUCCACCUACUGUAGAUAGUGGACUCAAAUUUAUACUUACAUUUGAAUGUAAAUUUGUUUGUUUAUAAAUCUAGAAAAAAUAUGUACUGUAUUUAAAUUUGUAUUACUUUUGUAUUGAAUAUUUUAUAAAAAUUUUUGUUGCCAGGUUUUUGUAUUGUAUAUCAGCUGUUGACGUGUGCCAAAUAUUGUGGUGCUUCAAUCUUAAUGAUAUGUCUUCCAAACAAGAAUAUAUUGACAACGAUUUUUAUUGCUGCCAGAUGAACAAAUUUAAAAGAGGCUGUUUAAACGUGUGUUUGUAAGAGAGAGAUAUUUCUCAUUCACUGAUAGACAUGUAUCCAUUGUAUUGUCUUAGAUUAGACCACCUCCUUUUGUAUGUGAACCUUUCAGUAUUCCUUCUUUGAUAGUGUGUCUAGCAUUUUUUACAUUUUGAGAUUCAUUAAAG